AUAAAAAUGUGAAAAUCAUUGAAUAUAAAAGAAAACUCAUAAAUUAGAGUAUACUCGUAUCACUAUACAAAACAUACAUACUCCAAAUAUUAAUGCACACAAGCGACAGAUAAGAAAGUAUCAAGCGUAUGUACGUAUGUGUAUAAGUGCGUUGGAUGCACUAAUCUAAAUAGAUAUAAAAUAUCAAUGCGUUGGUAUCAGAAGAAUGCAAUAAAAAUCAAAUACAUAUUUACACAUGUGUAUGUACACUAAACAUACACACAUAUACAUAUGUACCUAGUUAAGAGAUUAGAAUUAACAAAUGUAUUGGCGAAACAAAUUUAAAUUAAAAAUUUCAGAAUCAAACGUGAACUCUCACAGCACCUUUACAAUAAGUGUUUUUCUGUACAAUUCUUGUUACCAAAAUAUACAAGCCUUGCCGUAGCAAUAACGAACACAAUAAAAGAGAAUUAUCUAAUUUGAUCAGUGAUCAGUAUGGAAAUAAGUCUGAAUUUGAUUUUGGGAAGGUCUGUUAUUCGUUUGAAAAUUUUGAGAAUGUAUCUUCGCUGCAAAAGCCAUAGCUUAUCUCUUUACCUCAGAUAGGGUAAGCUCAUCGUUGUCUCCCAGCACCCAGAUGAGCUAAAUCUAAUGGCGGAUAAGAAACCAGGAGGACUGUUAAAUUAGUUGACGCACUAUUAAUCCAUAAGAAUUUUUUCUGGUGGGACGAGAUCGCUUUGAAUGCGCCUUGCGUGCUCUUUAAAGUUCGGUAAACAACGUACGCUUGAUAGCCUGUGCUCCCUUACUUUCAAAGUAACUACACUGCAAAGAUAUGAUCGCCUGGAUGUGGUAAAACUCAGCCGAAUUGGCUUCGUAGUAUGAAAUAUAAUACAAUUUCAGUAUGCACCUUGACGUCUUCUAUUAAAGACUUACAUAGCGAGGGCUACAUGCUUCCGCUUAAAUAACACAAUUCACACCUACCCAAACACUUUCUGCAGUUGCAGUCGUCAUCUAUUUCAAGAUCAGUGAUUGGCCUACUUAAACCAACAAACGAACAGCUCGAGUUGCCGCGUGAAACAAGAGUAAUCCCCUCACAACUUCGCUCAAGGUAUUUGUGCAAGCUAAACUGACUAAACUAUUGAUUUGUGCAGAAUUGACUCCAACAGAACACAUAUAUGACAAUGAGUCCCCGUAUGACUCAAACCACUUAUUUGUACGUCCAACAAAUCACUCGCACCUAACACUUAUUUCCCUUUGGUCCGACCCCGUCAACGAUUGCUGAGACUACUGUUGGAUGACUUCGAUGACAACCAACUUGAAUCUUACCACCCAAGCGAAGAUUAUAAAAGCGCUAGAACAAAGACAACAAAAAAUGAGCAUCUUCUUGAAGAGAAACGGUUGUGUACAUAAUUUCAUUAUUGUUACCUGAAAAUAGAAGUGACUAGUUCGCGUAUGAGCUGCUCAAGCCAUAUGUAAUGAAAUCGUUUCUGGCCACUCCAAAGUGAAUGACGCUCAGAGAACUUUCCGCACUUGCGAGAACAUCUACACAUGGCUCAAUCCACCCAAGAUAUACGAGGACGUCGACAUAGUUCAGUGAAUAAAGAGUCAGCUUUGGCUAGGUUAUGUCGUCCGAAUGGAUAAAAGCACUCUAGCUCUAAAAGUAUUUGACGUAGUUCCCGUUGGGGAAACGCAGCAAGAUGAAGACCUACACUUCGUUGGAAAGACCAGGUGGAGAAGGACCUAGCUACACUUGGAAUCUCUAAUUGGCGCCAACAGCGAAAAUAAAGAACGUUUUGCGCGCUCUUGUAAUCAAUAAAGAAGAAGAAGUUCGCAUAUGUACAGACGGAUAUGAUUAAACCGAUUCAAAGCUAUACAUACAUAUGUAUAUAUUUUAUGGGGUUUAUAUCUGAGGGUCACAAACUUAAUGCAAACUUUCUGGGUAUACAAAAAUUCUUCAAUUAACACUUCAUUAAAAUGCUGGUGCUUGUAGCAUAAUACCAGUUCUAAUAGACAGAAACUCUGGCUCGAAUACCUGCUCGUUUGGUACUUUACUUUUUAUCAUGGUCUGGCUUUUUGGUUUCAUUUAUGAUGCGCAACGAUAUAAACUUUGCCCUCGUGGCAAUGGUGCGUACAUCAGACCUGUCGAGUUCCUUAAGCACUUCUGAUCCUAGCAGCAAAUUGUUUAGCUCCGCUGAUAAAAAUGAAACAAACAAACAACUUUUUUUUAAUAAUGACAAUACGAAUAUAUUUGUGAUAAACUCAACAAUGAACUCCGAAAACAAUGACGACUUAUAUGGUUGGUCUCCAACGGUGAAAUCAAUAGUUGUAAGCUCGUUUUACUGGUGCUAUGUAUUGUCACAAGUUGUCGGUGGUAUCGCUACACAAUACUUUGGUACAAAACAAGUAUUUGGGUGGUCUCAAUUUGCUACAGCGUUAUGUAGCCUAUGUAUUCCCUUUGGUGCUGACCUACACUAUUCAGCUGUGAUAAUAUUGCGAUCUGUGCAAGGUUUCGCUUCUGGGUUAACAUGGCCGGCUAUGUACGCAAUAGUUGGCUAUUGGAUACCGUUAGCCGAACGGUCCCGGUUUAUGUCCAGUUUUCAAGGCUUUAGUAUAGGUAUAGGCUUAACAUACCCUUUAUGUGGAUUUAUCAUUGAUAACUUCGGCUGGCGAUAUGUCUUUUUUACCACUGGUUCUUUAGGUAUGAUUUGGUGCAUAUUGUGGUAUUACUUAGCGUUUAACACGCCUAAGGAACAUCCACGAAUUUCUUCUCAAGAAAUUGAAUAUAUUGAAGUAAGUGUUAGUUCAGAAGCAAAAGAAACAAUAGGCAUGAAGGUGCCAUGGAAAUCAAUUUUUACUUCCUUGCCUGCGUAUGCGAUUGGCAUAACUACAUUUGGCAGAAUUUGGAUUCACUAUAUAUUUAUUGUGUGUGGUCCAAAUUUUAUGAAAAAUAUGCUUAAAUUCAAUUAUAAGACCAACGGCUUCCUCUCCGGAAUGCCUUUUAUUUGCUCCUAUAUCUCGUCUGUUUUAUUUUGCUAUGUUGCUGAUAAAUUGAUGCUAAGUAAUUGGAUGAGUCUCACAAAUGUCCGAAAACUCUUUACCGCAUUGUCACAAGUUGUACCUGGCAUUCUGGUAUACUUGAUUGGAUAUAUAGACAAAAACAUUGUAUUAUUAUUGGUAGUAUGGUUUGUGUCAGUUACAUUCAUAACAGCCUCAUAUGCAGGUGCAAUGGCUAACAUUGUUGAUAUUGCUCCGAAUUUAGCUGGUCCGGUUCUUGCUUUUUGCCAAACAAUACAUAUGUCAGCAUCAUUUCUUUCUCCGCUGGUAUCCGGUAUAAUAGUCACAAACGAGAGUUCUAUAGAACAGUGGCGUUUAGUAUUUGGUGUUUCAUCCGUAAUUGCAAUAUUAACAUUUGUCGUUUAUCAAAUCUAUGGAACUGCUGAAAUUCAGAACUGGAACUACCCCCAGUCGCGCAAUGAUGGUUCUGCAGAUGAGUGCCAAAUCCUUAAUAAGCGGAAAGAGCAUAUACGGAAAGAUGAUUUGUAAACUAUGUAAUUAAAUAUAUGUACUUAAACAACUUACAGUUUUUAUACACUGCUUUUAUAUGUGCUCUCUUAACAAAUGCAAAAUUUACAAAGGUAUAUAACAAUAUAUGUAUGCGUCAUAUGCUAGCAUAAGUAAACCAUAUGUAUGUAUUAGUUGUUUUGCAUUUUUUAAUAAUGUGAAGGUCUUAAUACUAUUCAAAUAAUGUGUGAUUUGUCUAAGGAAUCGGAUAUAAGAAAAAAAAUAUAAUAAAAAUGAAACCUAUUAAUUUAACAUACAUUUCAGAACAUAAUCUAUUAUAUAAGUAAUGUGGAGUACAAGAAACAGUAGAUGUAGAAGGGACUCUGCUACUCAAAAACUAUCAAAGUAUCGAAUGAUGCUUCUGCAUGGAUCAAAUUCCUUUGUCAGUAGUAGUAUAGUAGUUUUUAUUAUUAUUUAAACUUAGAGACUGUGAAAGUGUUUAUUUUAAUUAAAAAUAUUAUUUUUCUGAAAA